AUGAGCAGCAUCGUAGUUUUAUCAACUCACCUUUUCUGCCUUCUUCUUGUAGCCUAUAUCUUCAUCCAAAGCUCUCGUCUAUCCAUAUUCACGCGCAAAUUCUCCAGUAACCUUGCUUUAUCCCUUUCGGCUAACAUGAUGAACUCCGGCACUCAAAACAUCCUGUUUCGUCUUCUACAAUUUCUAAAUCUAUACAGUCCUGAAGAAUAUCAUACAGAACUCAACAUGAUCAAGCGCUACGAGCGCCAGCCGGGGUGCGAAAAGGAAACCGCCAACGAAUGCGCCAUGUGUCUGUGCAAAAUCGAGGAAGGGGACGAGAUUAGAGAGCUGAGGUGCGAUCACGUCUUUCAUACGGUGUGCUUGGAGAGAUGUGUUGCCGGGUACAAGCACGAAACAUGUCCAAUGUGCCGUGGCUCUCUGGCUCCGCCCCAUAAAUGGGCCACCGAGCUGCUUGGAGUCUUUGGAGAGGAAGACGUCGUUUUUUCCAACGUGUUUUCAUGCCGUUCAAGUCGUCGCCGGAGCACAUGGUGGCUGAUUUGA